AUGGGCAUUCUCAAGUGGACAGUCGUCACUCUUUUUGCGUCCGCCAUUGACUUGGCCGCCGGUUCUCCGCUGGCAAAGCGUAAUGGAACAUGUACCACCAAAAACCAGCGCAAAUCAUGGAACAAUCUCAGUGAUAGCGAGAAAGCGGCGUACAUUGACGCUGAGCUUUGCCUGAUGUCGUCUCCGACAAAGCUCGACAUUGAAGGCGCCCAGAACAGAUGGGACGAGCUGAUGUAUAGCCACAUCGUCCAGUCCAACAUCAUCCACGACGUGGGCGCCUUCCUCCCCUGGCACCGGCUCUACAUGCGCGCCCACGAGCUCCUCCUCCAAACCGAAUGCAACUACACGGGCGCGCAGCCGUACUGGGAAGAAUCCCUCGACGUCACCUCGCUCAACACGUCCUCCGUCUUCGACCCGGCCACGGGCUUCGGCGGCGACGGCGCGGGCGACUCGGGCUGCGUGGCCGACGGCCCGUUCGCGAACCUCACGCUGCACAUCAACCAGACGUCGAGCGCCGCCAACUACUGCCUCGCCCGCAGCCUCGACAGCGCCAACUUCCAGAAGGCGAACACGACUUACAUCGACGCCUGCUACGCGUCCGCCGACUACGACGAGGCCUUCCUGUGCUACAAGAGCAGCCCGCACACCGCGGGGCACGCCGGCGUCGGCGGCACCAUGCUGGAUGUCGUGUCCAGCCCCGGCGACCCCCUGUUCUUCCUCCACCACACCAACCUCGACCGCCUGUGGUGGCUGUGGCAGAGCGCGAACCUGACGGCUCGCCUCACCGACAUGACCGGACGGAACGUCCCGCUCACGACUUACCUGGAGCAGAACGAUUUCGAGUACCCCGGUGCCGAUAUCCUCAACUACGAUGGCGACCCAGCCAAUGUCACUACCUUGAACCACAACCUCUGGAUGGUGGGCAUCAUUCCGAAUGCGACCAUUGCCGAGGUCAUGGAUUUGGGGGGCGACUUGAUUUGUGCCGAGUAUGUUUGA